AUGGAUACGUUUGUCGUCGAACCCAUCCAGAGCCGUGACCACCAUGGCCCUUCCUCCGACCAAAAUGCCAGUUCCUUGGCGGACGAGCUGCGGGAAGCUUCAGGCGCACCAUCCAACAAUUUCGCCUUUAGCCCUUCACAGCUGCACAAGCUCCUAACGUUGCGUAGCCUGGCAGCCCUCGAUUUUUUUGGCGGCAUCCGUGGCCUUGCUGCUGGUCUUCGAACCGACAUUGCUUCUGGACUCAGCGCCGAUGAGAAUACACUUGACGGCUCAGUUUCGUUUGACGAAGCUGUAGCCGCAGGCCGCGAGGCACGCCUACCUCAACUACGGAGUCUUCAGCCUCCGACUAGCCAUAGCAUUCACAAUGCGUUGCGACUCAGCGAAUCGCCUGAAGGCCUCUUCGCCGACCGAAAAGGAAUAUUUGGGGUCAAUCGACUUCCUCGGCGCAAACAGAAAUCAUUCCUCAAACUCAUGUGGAUCGCUUUCAAUGACAAACUGCUGAUUCUUUUAACAAUAUCGGCAUGCAUCUCCCUGGCUAUUGGCAUUUACCAGUCCGUAAAUGCCGAGGCCGGCUACUCAAAUAUAGAAUGGGUCGAUGGUGUAACAGUUGUGGUAGCCAUUGUCAUCAUCGUCCUAGCAAGCGCCGCAAAUGACUGGCAAAAGAACCACAAAUUCGAAAAAUUGAAUGAGCGCAAGAAGCAUCGUCAAGUCACAGUCUUCCGAUCCGGAAAAGCUAGGCAAGUCGACAUUACUGAUGUCAUGGUCGGAGACGUGAUGCACAUUGAAGCUGGAGAUGUCGUGGCGGUCGAUGGUGUUCUCAUCCAAGCUUCUGGCCUUCGCAUUAAUGAGGCAUCAAUCUCUGGCGAAUCUGGUUUGGUCCACAAAACCGUUUCUGAUGACCACCCUGUGUCUCACGCCGUACUGGCUGACCCUUUCAUCAUGAGCGGAACCACUGUCACUCAGGGAGUGGGAAGAUACCUUGUUGUUUCAGUAGGUGCAAACUCGACCUAUGGUCGAACCCUCAUGUCCUUGCGGCAGGACGUCGAAGAAACUCCGUUGCAAGCCAAACUAGGACGACUUGGCAAGCAGCUUAUCGUGUUUGGCGCCAUUGCUGGCGCCAUCUUCUUUGUCAUUCUGUUCAUUCGAUUUUUGGUUCGCUUGCCAGGGAUGGCCAACAAGGGUCCGUCAAACAAAGCUGAGGCGUUCUUCCAUAUCCUCAUUUUGUCCAUCACCGUUGUCAUUAUUACUGUACCGGAAGGCCUCGCGCUCAAUGUCACUGUUGCCCUGGCUUUCGCCACGACACGCAUGCUCCGCGACAAUAAUCUGGUUCGACUCAUUCGUUCUUGCGAAGUUAUGGGUAAUGCUACGAGUGUGUGUUCCGACAAGACGGGUACACUCACCCAAAACAAAAUGACUGUGGUCUCUGGUCGCAUCGCCCUCGAUGGCGUGUUUCACGAUAUGGAACCCUGUUUUGACACAGGACGACCACAGUCGAUGUCCGCCCCCCCAUCAUCCUCGGUGGAAGGAUCUACCAAACUCGCAGCGGCCAUGUCUCACGAAGUGAAGGAUCUUAUCAAAGACAGCGUUGCCCUGAACUCAACUGCCUUUGAGAGCGAUGAUUCCAAGUCGUCAGAAUAUUUUGGCUCUAGUACUGAAACAGCUUUACUAAAGUUCAGCCGAGAUCACCUGGGUAUGGGCCUUUUGAGAACCGAAAGGGCCAACACCCCAGUCGUUACAAUGCUGCCCUUUGAGUCUUCGAGAAAGUGGAUGGCAUCACUGAUCAGAUUGCCAUGUGGAAAAUACAGACUCUUAGUCAAGGGUGCAGCCGAGAUUGUCUUUGAGUACUGCGCGUAUGUCGUCGAAGACCACACGUAUCAGCUGACAACUGCCCGUCUCACGGAAGACGACAGGAUUAGUUUUCGAAAUACAAGUCAAGACUAUGCUAGAAAUAUGCUCCGUCCGGUUGCAAUUGCGUACAAAGACUUUGACGAAACCGACGUCUUUGAAAACCCCGACGAUGAUCCCGCUUCAGUCAACCUGGAAUGGCUCGCAUCGGGCCUGAUAUUCAUUGGUUUCUUCGGAAUCCGUGAUCCACUGCGCCUGGAAGUGAUUGAUUCUGUCAGAAAAUGCCAAGAGGCUGGGGUUUUUGUUCGUAUGGUCACGGGAGACAACUUCUUAACGGCGAAAGCUAUUGCGACUGAAUGUGGCAUUUACUCCAGAGGGGGCAUCGCAAUGGAUGGACCAACAUUCCGCAAGCUUUCUCCAGAGCAACUCGAAGCCGUUAUUCCCCGGCUGCAAGUCUUGGCGAGAUCCAGUCCAGAAGACAAAGUCCUUCUCGUGACCCAACUACGAGCUAUGAAGGAGACCGUUGCCGUUACUGGAGAUGGCACCAAUGAUGCACUAGCCCUGAAAGCGGCAGAUGUUGGAUUUGCCAUGGGGAUUCAGGGUACCGAAGUUGCCAAGGAAGCCGCCUCCAUUAUUUUACUCGAUGACAACUUUGCGUCUAUUGUUAAGUCACUAGGUUGGGGCAGAACCAUUAACGAUGCUGUUAAAAAGUUUUGUCAAUUUCAAUUCACCAUCAACAUCACCGCCAGUAUUCUCGCCAUUGUUUCAGAGCUCGUGGGUGACUCCAUCUUCUCGGUUGUUCAGUUGCUUUGGAUCAAUCUCAUCAUGGACAUCUUUGCGUCACUGGGCCUUGCCACGGACCAUCCCUCGCCUGACUUUCUGAAGCGUAAACCCGAGCCACGAAAUGCUCCAAUCAUCACAAUCACAAUGUGGAAAAUGAUUAUUGGGCAAGCGAUUUAUCAGCUUGCUGUUAUUUUUGUAGUACACUAUGCGGGCUGGGACAUUUUUGAUCCCCAUACCCCCGAAGAGAUUGAAAAACUGCAGACUCUUGUUUUUAACAUUUACGUUUGGAUGCAGUUUUUCAACCAACACAACUGCCGCAGGGUCGACAACAAAUUGGAUAUAUGGUAUCAAGGAGUACUGCGAAACCCAUGGUUCAUCGGCGUCCAGAUCCUCACACUUGCCGGUCAAUUUGUCAUCAUCUUCAAGGGCGGCGAAGCUUUUGACACUGUUCCCUUGACAGGAGCGCAGUGGGGAUGGAGCAUGUUGUUUGGCAUACUGACCAUUCCUCUUGGUGCUCUGAUCCGGCAAUUCCCGGACAAAUAUGUAGCUUCAUUCUUUCGAAAAGCCGGACAAAUACUUCGCUUGCUAACACAGCCUUUCCGGACUUGGUGUGGCUGCUUUUCUAUAUUACACAUUCGCUCUCGACAGAACAUGGAUGAGGAAACUCAAGAAAUGGCUACCAAUAAAGAGGACGAAACAAGCAGAGGUACCGAGGCUGUGGUUUUCAAGCGCCCUACCAGUGGCUCAACUCAUACCGAAGGUUCGACGCACAUACGAAACGUAUCAGAGGCGGUGACACAAGGAUCCGGCGAAAUCGAUGGAGAGGGGGUAGACCUCGAGGCACUAGUUGAUGCUGCGCGAAUUGGUCGCUCCAUCGGCAAGAACAUCCUAGAGCUCCAUCCAAGCACACUCAAAGAUGAUCCUAUCCUUCAAACGAGGACCAAUAUCAGCGUUCCCCCGAGUCAGGACCCUGCGUUCAUGAGAUACAUGGUCCGGCCUCGCGAGCAAGAGCGUUACCCACGUCGAAGACAAGCCGCAACACGUGGCUGGGUAGACCCCCCUCGACCAAUACCAGCCACGGCAACCAAUAGACAUGGCUUGACUUGGGAAGGUUUCUUACGAUCCAAGCGAAGAUGA